AUGAAGGAUGGGAUGAACGCAGACAAAGAGCGUCCGCUCUCCGGAGCAGUGAUUUGCUUCACUUCGGUCUCCCUGGAUCAAAGGACCCAACUCGUCAGCUUUGCGAAAGAAAUGGGCGCAAUUGAACGGCCUGACCUCACCUCGGAGGUAACACAUCUACUUGUCGGAGCUACGGAUUCCCCCAAAUACAAAUUUGUCGCACGCGAACGGAAUGAUGUGGUUGUAUUGAGGCCGGAAUGGAUUGAAGCCGUACGCCAAUUCUGGAUGCUAGACGAGGAUACAGACAUACAGGCAUUGGAGGCCAAAUACAAGCUACCUUCCUUGUUCGGUCUCACAAUCUGCAUAACUGGAUUUUCUGAUAUGGGUUUCCGGACCAAAAUGCACGACACUACGGUGGAGAAUGGAGCUGACUUUCGAAAAGACCUGACCAAAAGUGUCACGCAUCUUAUUGCGCGUAACGGAGAAGGCGAAAAGUACAAAUUUGCGACACAGUGGAAUAUCAAGGUUGUCACCAUAAAGUGGUUUAAUGACAGCCUUGAGCGCGGGAUGAUUCUGGAUGAAGAGAGAUACCAUCCACACAUUCCGCCAGAGGAACAAGGAGUCGGGGCAUGGAAUCGAGAAAUACUAGCUAAAAAGGGUCACUGGGCAAGAGACAAGAAUGGUACCAAAGAAAACCCAAACGACCAGCGGCCGCGAAAAAAGUUACGAAGAUCUGCAAGCACCAAGUUGAUCGGACAAAACGAAAAUAUCUGGGGAGAUAUUAUCGGUGCCGGCUUCGCAAACAACGAAGCUACAGAACCGGAAAAUGAAGACUCGGACAACAGAGACUCGGAUUUUUCCCUUUCUAAACCUAUACUCCAAGCAGCAAAAUCGUUUGCGAGUGAAUCGACAUUCAAUGAAAGCAUUGAGAAAAAUCAACUACCAAAACUACCUCCUCCAGUUCCGGAAGGCUUUCUGGGCGGGGCUUAUUUCUAUCUUCACGGGUUUUCUUCCAAGCAGAUGGGCAUUUUAAGACGUCAUGUUGAGUCCAAUGGGGCACAGUGCGUUGAAACAAUGAUGGAGUUCUCCCGACCUAGCAUUCCAAAGACGGGACAGGGACUAUAUAUCAUGGUUCCAUACCAAACACCAAAAUCAAAAGUACCAUCUACUGAAGAUAUGGCAUUUGAAUGCGAAUUUGUCACCGAUAUGUGGCUAGAAAGGUGUCUCUAUGCUCGAGCUUUGGUCUCACCAGAAUCGCAUGUUGCAAGCACUCCGUUCCCUAAAUUUCCAAUACCAGGAUUUCCGGGAAUGCGCAUAUGUUCUACAGGCUUCGGUGGGAUUGAUCUCUUGCAUGUCUCCAAAUUAGUCAACUUGAUGGGUGCUACUUAUAAUGAGGUCUUGACACCUAGUGCAUCUGUUCUGUUAUGUCUUAACCCCAAGUCUGCUAGUCAAGACAAGUUGCGUCAUACCGCAGAAUGGAAAGUCCCGGCAGUUUCGGCCGAUUGGCUAUGGACAUCCAUUCAGACUGGUCAGAAGAAGCCAUUUGAACCAUAUCUCGUUGAGAAACGGACCACGCAACCCAAAAGUCGCCCAGAACAACUAGGUGCUGCAUUUUUACCUGAUAAAGAACCCCAAAAACAGCCUGAAAUUUUACAGGAUAGCAGAUCCAAAUCCUCAAUACAAAGAGCCCCCAAACGAACCUUAUCUGGAAACCACGAGAAGAACCGGGUAACAGCCAUUGAUGAUGGCUUCGCAAGAAAUGAACUUGACAUCGCGCCGCAAGCAUCCAUACCAGAAUCUCGAUCUCCUUCACCUGAAGUAUUGGAAAAAGAGACCGAACCUACAACCGAAAAAUCAGAACCCGAACCUCCUAAUCCUCCAGAACCCUCUGCCCUAGCCACCGCAAUGCAAGGUUUCAUCCAGCAAGCACAAGCAGCAAAAUCAAAAAAGCAACAAGAUCCAACUCCAAGCACCGAAGAUCCAAGUUUUCCAGCACGACGGAAACGCAAACCCCUUCUAGGCCGUGCAUCCUCACACUCAUCCAGCAAAGUUCUCGAAUCCAUGAUCGCCCCCUCCCGCGCCAGUUCAAUCGAUACCCUCAACGACGAUGGCCUCGGGACAACCCUCGAAAGCGCCAAUCCCACCCGCGACAACUCCGUAUCACGCGCGACCAGUCACGCCAACGAACAGAGUCUAGCAUCAAUGUUCAGCGGCGAGAAAUUCGACUUUUUAGCUGAUCAGCUCACUCGGAAUACUCAAAAUGAGGACGAGGAAAAUCAAGAGCCGCCAAUGACUCAGCUUGACUACGAGGAUGCGGAUGCAGCAGCUAUGAGAGCAGAGUUUCUGCGAGAUGCUGGGAAAUUACCUGAGGGGUCCAGGCACGCUGAUUCUAGCAUGCUCCUUGGAGAAGUGGAGGAAUUGGAGGAUAUCGGAUGGGGGUCUAAGCGCAGAACAAGGAGACAACCCGUUAAGUCUGAUUAA